AUGGCGGCCAGUAGUGCCAUUGACAAGGCCAUAGCCAAGCUCGACGCCAUCUUGGCUGGGGUGGCAGCCUCGGCAUCAGCUGCACAAGUGCCGGCUGCAAGCACAGCAGCAGCAGCAGCCAAGCCCGCCAAGGCAGCUGCCUCCAAGCCAGCGACGCCCGCUGCAGCUGCUGCGGGCGACCCCACCGCGUUCCAGGCCAAGGUCCAGAUCAAGGUGGCGCGCAUCCUGAGCGCAGUGCCGCAGCCAAACUCUGAGAAGCUGCUCAAGCUCAGCGCAGACCUGGGGGCAGGGGACACACGCCAAAUCAUGGCUGGGCUGCAGCAGUACCUCAAACCCGAGGACCUGGUGGGGAAGCUGCUGUGCGUGGUCUCUAACCUCAAGCCCGCCAAGCUGGCUGGAGAGCCAUCAGAGGCGAUGGUGCUGGCGGCAGAGGGCACUGGCAGCGGGGGAGAGGCUAUCGUGCGGGCACUGGUGCCACCGGAGGGCUCCCAGCCUGGCGACCCUGUCCACCUUGACGGGGCCAGCCCCGUGGCCAACCCCAAGGUGCUCAAGCUGGACGAGUGGCGCAAGGUGUCACCUGGUCUGGUCGUGGCGGGCGGGCACGCGACGUAUGGCGGCACGGCUCUGAUGACGGCGCGGGGGUACGUGACGCUGCCACCUGAGAUUACAGACGGCUGCGAAAUCCACUGA